AGUAAUGGCGCCUCGCCUUCGGUCCGCCAUGUUGGUUGACCGUUGAUCGGCCGGGUUCUGGGAACCUAGCAGAAGUCCGGGGCUAUCGGCUAUUCAGUUGCUGGGACGCGAGUCGCAGGGAUCGAGUGGCCGAGGCUCGUGUGCGUAGUGCGUGCGAGGCAGAUAAGAAUAAAGAAGGUUGCAAGAAGAAGAAAAAGAAGAAUAAAGGAGGUAGACUCAUCGACGUACGUGUGGAUCGGGGGCGUGAAGUGGCAAGAAGAAAUAGUGUGUGCUAGUAAAUUGUUAGAAUAAUAUUCGCGAUAUUAGCGAGAAAUAUUCUCGAUAUCGGCGAGAAAUAGUCGAAAGAAUCUAUUGAAACUCGAGGAAUCGGGAGAAAAAGAAUUGCUCGUCCACAAUCCGCAAUCGAACAACUCCCCUCCCCUCCCUUACUCCCCUCCCGUACUCCCCGCUCUGUCCCUUUCUCCACCUUUUCACCGUGUCCGUUUCUCUCUCUCUCUCUCUAUCUCUCUCCUAGUGUCUCUCCUCGUGGCGUGCGCAUUCCCGAAGACACCGCGAUCGGUCCUUGCUCGCUACUGCGCUCGUGGAACGCGAGGAGCGCGUCUCGGUACAGCCAGGACGCCGGGAAGCACAGGUGCAAGUGCGGGUGCGGGUGCGUGGCAGUUUCAUACAUCGUGUAGUAUAAAGGACGUGUACAGUCCGUGAUAGACGCGAGCUGGAACAAAGUAGGUGCGCGAAGUCGUCCGACACGGUUGGAAAGGUGUCGUUGGCGGUUGCCGUGGCAGAAUGGACGGUAGCGCAGGGCCGCCGUCGGACGUGACGACGGCAAUGGGAAGUGAAAACGACGAAGGAUCGAAGGUGCGACGAGACAUCGAGGAUACGACCGCCUCUUCCGCGGCUGGUUCGAGUGCGGCUACGUACGCUACGUCGCAGCAGGAGUAUCGCGCUCAGGGCUCGAUAAGGGCCGGCUCCGCAUCUCCGCUCCCUGCGGCCUCGUCUUCGUCGUUGUCCUCUUCCUCCUCCUCCUCCGCCUCGUCCUCCUCCUCUUUCGCCUCGUCGUCGCCGCCGCAGCCGGGGUGUGGCUGCGUCGCCGCCGCUGUCCUCGAGCCCGACGAAAUUACCAUCAGCAUCACACCGACCACCGGUGGACAGUUCGAUCUCACUAUUGAUCGCACCGACACCGUCGAGAACCUUAAGAAAAGCCUCUCCAAGAGGCUCAAGGUCGCCAAGGAACGCAUUUGUUUACUGCAUCGCGAUAGGCAAUUGCGAGAGGGAACGCUGGAGGAAAAUCGUUUACAAGAUGGCAGUCGUCUCACGUUGUUACCGAGCGUAGAAACUGGCUUGCUGGCGCAACGUCCAGAGCAGAGCGUGAUGCAAGCGCUGGAGAGCUUGAACGACUCCCAGGUGAACGACUUCCUCUCCGGCAAGGCCCCUCUGAACCUCACCAUGCGAUUAGGCGAUCACAUGAUGCUCAUACAGCUGCAACUGUCCACGGUGACGCCAGCCUCGCCGACUGGCAACCAGACAACGGCCAACACGACGGGUCUGACCAUCGGUGGGAGCAGCUCGAACGGUUCCAACGUGCCCGCCAGCCACGUCUCGACGUCCCUGCAGAGCAGGCGUUCGACGGUGUUAGCCGCUCGUUCGACGACGAGCGCCUCUACGAAGCUGCAAAACGGCACCGCGGCUGCGCGAACCUCGUCGUUGAUAAGCAGCUUGGUGUCGGCGUUGCACGCCGCGGCCAGCUGCAGCACCAGCCUCUCGACAGCCACCACGACGACCAGUCCUAUCUGUUCGAGCCGCGCGACGACUGCCUCCUCCGUUUCCUCGACGUCCUACUCGCCCAUCAGCCCGCCGCACUCGUCCUUCUGCGCCAGCCAAUCGCAGAGCCCACGCACAGGCACCAACCGCUGCCCCGCAUCGCCCAACGGUAGCUCCACCACGUGUUCCUCGUGCCGUUUCUACCACCAUUACCACCAUCUCUACCACAUCUACAGCCGCCUUUCCAACCGCCAUCACCACCACCAUCACCAUCACCAUCACCAUCACCACCACUCUAGGAGCAAAUCGUCACCGUCACCCUCGCCCUCGCCCUCGCCCUCACCCUCACCCUCACAGUUACCGAACACCUCGCAGUCGUCGUCAGCAACCCCCGCCGUCGACCACAUGCAACACUCUACCUCUGUCAGCCAUGGAUGCGCGGAUUCCACGCCCUACGACAUCACGCCGCCAAGGAAAAAGCUCUGCACCGCUCACCACCACGGCCAACCAUCAACGAACGCCACUGAGCCCUCCAGGAGUAUCGCCAUGGACGACACCAGACCCCAGAGCCCUACCUCCACUAUGAACGAGCAGAACUCGAAGGCCGCGACCUUAGACACCAGGGCGCUCGCAGAAGCCUCGCGUAACCUGACGCAGAAGCUGAAGCAGCUCUCCUCUGAGGUACUCACCUCGCGGGUCGACCUCGCAGAGGAAAACUCAAGACGCAGGCAAGGUGCAAUAAUAGAGAGUAUGAAUCACCACGGAAAAGGCGUGUACUCCGGUACGUUUAGUGGGACCCUGAACCCAGCCCUUCAAGACAGACACGGACGUCCGAAGCGAGACAUAAGCACUAUCAUUCACAUUUUGAACGACCUACUGUGCGCCACACCGGCCGCCACGGCGGGUCACUACAGGCAUCACCAGAGGCACUCGAGCGGCCGUCAACAGUCUUCGACGUCUCCGUCCCCGGCUGGAACGACAACCACCGAGAAUGGCGCAUCGACGUCCAUCGGUUGCCAUGAUUCCACCUCACCUGGAUACUCCACCGAAGAACUGUCGAAGGAGAACGAAGCGACUAAAGGAAAGAUGAGACGCCUGCGCCUGGUGAUGGAGCAGCGACGCGCCAUGAGAAAAGCCAGGGCGGGGGUGACACCUGAUCCCGACUCGAACCGUGACCGAAACACGUCGAGCACCGCGAACACGGCGGAACCACAAAACGAACCGGAGCUUCAGCCGUGCAGUCCAGAACCGGUUGUUGCCUGAACGACCGUCGAUUCCUGGCGCAGUAGUUUCCUCUGUCGUACACGCAACGAGUCUCGUAAACUAUCGCACUGAUUUAUUCGACAAAGGUGGAACCCUAUCCACCUAUUCGCCGCGAACGCUAUUCAACGUAUCCAGGAUCUUUGAAAGUAGUCGAGCUCCUGUGUUUUGUUUAUAUUAUACUUUGUUGUUGUGCGAGAGCUACUGCAUUGGUUAGCGAUUUGUAAGACUGUAGUUACGCACGUGAAACGCUCGAAUAAUUCAUCCAAAUGCAGCCUUAUAAAUAUUCGCACUUUCCUUCCCUAAGAUAUUUGUCUAUUUAAGGUAUUUGUUAAUAAGUUCGAUAGGUUUCCAAAGAAAUCAACAUUUUUCGCUAUAAAUACAGGCGUGAGGUUUAUCAAUUAGGUUUGCCCUCGCGAACAUAUUUGUAAUGAUUCAUUUGGAAACGUCGAAUCUAUUGUGCAAUAACCAGUUUGUAACAACGGUUUGUCACAUUAACAUGUUGAUCGCCAAGUCACUCAUAUGUGGGUGACAAUGCUUUUCACCGAAGAACAAACAAAAUUAAUUCUGAAUGUUAAGUAUCGAAGACAAUAAAUUUGAAUGAAAUUCAUAAACUACAAUUCAGUUUUAAAAAUAAAUACCACAAUAAGUGGUUGAUUAUGUAGCUUUCAAUGGUCUGGAAACAAAACUUAAUUAAUGUAGAAAUUUUCAAGAGUGUUAGUCUGGCAAUCAACGUGUUAAAGACACAUCGAAUCUACUAUUUAAU